CCUACUAGUCACGCCCAUGAUACAGCCACGCCCACCCUGACCACGCCCCCGUUGCCCAGGUCUGGCUCUGGCUAGCUGGAGCUGGGCGAGUGGAGUCAAGAAAGGACGGGCGCCACACCAGCUGUCCGCAGACCCCCAGUCCCGGCCCCCCGCGCCCAUGGCCGCACCCGGACCCCGCGCCUUGCGUGCUGCUCUCUGCGGCGGUUGUUGUUGCCUUCUCCUGUGUGCCCAGCUGGUUCUAGCUGGUAAAGGAGCUCGUGGCUUUGGGCGGGGAGCCCUGCUCCGCCUGAACGUCUGGCCUACUGCCCAAGGGGGCUGCAAACACCUGGGACACUGUGAGCGCUGUGUGGACAGAGCCCACAACUUCUCUGUUUGUGUCUGGCAGCAAUGUGGGCCAGAGGAGCCAGGACACUGUGUAGCCCAAGCUGAGGUGGUCAAGGAGGGUUGCUCUAUCUAUAACCGCUCAGAGUCAUGCCCAGCUUCCCACCAUCAUUCCACUGAGGAACCGAAGCCAAGUACCACAGGGAGUCCUCCCAUCCCUGAAGACCACAGCCCAGGUUUUGAUGGAGCUAGCUUCAUUGGGGGCAUUGUGCUGGUACUGAGCCUCCAAGCAACAGCUUUCUUUGUGCUGCGCUUCCUCAAGACCAAGGACAGCACUUACCAGACACUAAUCUGACCCCAGUGGUCCUGGCUUCACCUUGAAGGGACAGAGGACUCAGAGGCUACCCUCUUGGUUGUCUUACGAGCACUGGGGGUGGGACAAAUUUUGGCCACCAGUUUCCGGUCCCUGUAGGUAAGGCACAGGGCACCAAGCAGGCUUAGCACUGAUGGCUGACAUUUCCUGUCUUGGGCCUGGCACCUGCAGCUGAGAGCAUCCUCCAACCGCCUCAUGUCUCAUCCAGCCAUCUGGGCCCCCUAAACUGCUGCUGCCUCUUCCCACCAAGCCACUCUGGGGUCUACCCUCAAAUAAAAGACCCGUUUCUGCCCCAUG